AUGAUGUUGCUGUGUGAGAUGGCAGUAAACACACGAGUUUUAGUACAAAAAUAUUGUCAGCACGCCAUGGAUGUUGCCGCAAGUUUAAGGAGCUGUACGUCUGAUCCAGCCCAUGAAAAUACUUGUAACAAAGCCUUACACCGCAAAUCUCGUCUAUUAAACGUGCCAUGCACGGAGUUACGCUCCACAGGUUUGAUUAGAACCACGAAUCUAUCUGAUGUAAAUGUGGGUGGUGCAGGUAACUUUAUCAGUUAUGUCCAUAGCCUUUUAAAUAAAGCUUUCUCAGUGCAAAAAAUAGUUUAUUACUGCCAUAGAUCCUACAUAAUCAAAUAUGCGUGUAGCUGA